AUGCCGCAUAAUUAAUGGUUGUCUAUUAUUUUCGGACUGUUGCCAAGAGAGGCCUACGCCUUAAAAGAAUAAACUUCUUAUUUUUGUUUAUAGGAGGCAAAACAAGUUUCAUAUUUCCGACCGCAGACAAGGCAGCAUACUUGGAUUUUAAUGAAUUCCGAAACUGCGCCCCAAACCCCUUUGGGUUCUCAACUGCCAUGCUUAGGAGAGGAAACAAACCAAGUGGGUGAUGGAAGCGGUUCACCACCGGACAAAACCAUUAGAGAACCAUUUCACCCUUUGGUAGGAUAUCCUCCCGGGUCCGUAGGAUAUCCCCCAGAGCAGCUACCCAUAGUAACUCAACCUGGAAUAGGCACUGGAAUGGCAAGAGGUGGACCAGCUGGGGACUGGAAAAAUGUAAUACCAAGCAGUGCAAGUGGAUUGGAGUACCUAAAGAUUAUAGAUCAGCUUCUGGUUAAGCAGAAGGUCGAAUUUUUCGAGGCCAUCACUGGAUUUGAGACCAACAACCGGUAUUCCAUCCAAAACGCCUUGGGACAGAAGGUGUUCUAUGCGGUGGAGGACACCAACUGCUGCACCCGUAACUGCUGUCCGGAGAGACCCUUCCAUAUGAAGGUGUUUGACCACUAUCUGAAGGAAGAGGUGAUCCAUCUUCACCGGCCACUGGGCUGCUCCUCCGUCUGUUUUCCCUGCUGCCUGCACAGCAUCGAUGUUUCGGCACCACCCGGAAAUGUCAUCGGUAGUAUCGAGGAGGAGUGGUCUAUUUGUCGACCUUCCUUCCGCAUCCUAAACCAAAGUGGAGACCUCGCCCUACGCAUUGAAGGACCUAUGUGCUUUUGCUCUGUGUGCUGCAAUGUGGACUUUAAUGUGGUAUCUCUAACCGGUGAUAAUGUCGGCAGGAUCUCAAAGAAGUGGUCUGGACUUGGGCGUGAGUUUUUAACAGAUGCGGAUAUGUUCGGCAUCACUUUUCAAAAGGACAUGGAUGUUAGCCUAAAGGCGGUUUUACUAGGCGCCACAUUCCUUAUAGAUUUCAUGUUCUUUGAGAAGUCUUGCAAAUGUUUAUUUAAGACUUGUGAUUGCUGCCUUAAUAUUUAAAGGAAUACCAAUCUUAAACUUAGCAAGACCCAAAAAUUGUAUAGAUCUUAAAAUAGAUGAGAAGACUGAAAACUCAGAGGACUGAAAAAUAAGUUGAAAGAGUAUUAUCAGUGUUCUUCGUUUAAAUCAUUUUGUUUAGCUGUCAGAAAA